GCGUGUUGGGGCGCCAUUUUGUUUUUUUGCCGAAGCCUUGUGGCGGAGCUGUGUCCCGGGAGCACCAUGUUGUCGGCGGCGCAGCUACUUGAUGAGUUGAUGGGAAGGGACAGGAACCUGGCCCCGGACGAAAAGCGGUGUAACGUGCGCUGGGAUGACGAGUCGGUGUGCAAAUACUACCUGUGUGAGUUCUGUCCUGCGGAGUUAUUCACCAACACGCGCUCCGAUCUCGGGCCUUGUGAAAAAAUCCACGAUGAAAACCUUCGCAAGCAGUAUGAGAAAAGUUCUCGCUACUUGAAGGUCGGCUACGAAAGAGACUUCCUGCGCUAUUUACAAAGCCUGCUGGCGGAGGUGGAGCGGAGGAUCAGACGAGGCCAUGCGCGGCUCGCGCUGUCGCAGAAUCAGCAGGCGUCUGGCUCCGUCGGACCGAGCGGGAAGAACGAGGAGAAAGUCCAAGUGCUGACCGAUAAAAUCGACGUUCUGUUACAGCAGAUUGAGGAGCUCGGUUCUGAAGGGAAGGUCGAAGAAGCCCAGGGGAUGAUGAAACUCGUGGAACAGCUAAAAGAAGAACGAGAGAUGCUGAAGUCUACAACAUCGACCAUCGAGAGCUUUGCAGCCCAGGAGAAGCAGAUGGAGGUGUGCGAAGUCUGUGGUGCCUUUUUAAUUGUUGGCGAUGCCCAGUCCAGAGUCGAUGACCAUCUUAUGGGGAAGCAGCACAUGGGUUACGCCAAGAUAAAGAGCACCGUCGAAGAGUUAAAGGAGAAACUGAGUAAAAAAGACGACCCCGAUAGAGAGGAAAGGCUAAAGAAAGAAAAGGAUGAGAAGGACCGUGAAAAAGAGAGAGAGCGCGAGCGAGAGGAAAAAGAGAAGAAACGCCGGCGAGAGGAAGAAGAGCGAGAAAAGGAGAGGCACAGAGAGAGAGAUAAGCGCAAAAGGAGUCGAUCGCGGAGCCGAACAUCAGACAGGAGGGGCAGCCGCUCGCGGGACCACAAGAGAUCAAGAAGCAGAGACCGAAAACGAAGCAGAAGUAGAGACCGCCAAAGGAGCAGAAGUCGCAACAGAACAGAGCGUUCAGAACGCAAACAUAGAUCCCGCAGCCGGGAGAAGAGGAGAUCGAAGAGCAGAGAACGCAGAUCCUAUAAACAUAAAAGCAAAGAGAGAGAGCGGGACAGGAAGUCCAGGGAAAAGGAAAAGCGCAGCUCGGACGACAAGAAGAGCAGGAAAUCGAGAAGUCGGGAAAGGCAGAAUGAAUCCCGCAAAACCGAAUCUAAGGAAAUGGCACCACCAGUCGAGGUCAAUGGGGCCAGUGAAGGCAGUAAAUCUGAAGGUGACACUCAGUCCAAUGUCUUUUUGAUAGCUAGUAUCGGUUCAGAAAAUUGGGAAAUGUUGUGGGCAUUCUUCCAUAUGUGGGUGUGGAUGUUGGCCAGGAAGAUGGCCGUGCUUAUUUUUUUUAACGCUCCGUUACAAAUCGAUACGUUACCCCAGAUGCGCUAUUCGCACGCCGGUAUCUGCCCCAACGACAUGAACCCAAACCUGUGGGUGGACGCGCAGAGUACCUGCAAGAGGGAGUGUGAAGCCGACCAGGAGUGUGAAGGAUUUGAGAAAUGCUGCCCUAACGUUUGCGGAACGAAGAGCUGCGUAGCCGCGAGAUACAUGGACGUCAAAGGAAAGAAAGGCCCCGUUGGCAUGCCGAAAGAGGCCACGUGUGACCUCUUCAUGUGCAUGCAGCAGGGCUCCGAGUGCGAUAUCUGGGACGGGCAGCCCAUCUGUAAAUGCAGAGACCGGUGCGAGAAGGAGCCCAGCUUCACGUGUGCGUCGGACGGCCUUACCUACUACAAUAAAUGCUUCAUGGACGCCGAGGCUUGCAGCAAAGGCAUUACGCUGGCUGUUGUCACCUGCAAAUAUCAUCUAAGUUGGCCCAACACUAGCCCGGUUCCUUCGGGGACGACUUCCAACCCAACCGUCGCCGCGCCGGAAACUAGCGUCACAAACCUUAUCCCCCCUACGCUGGUGAACAACCCCACUCAUAAAUCGGUUAACGUGGGGGACACGGUGAGCUUUCAUUGUGACGUAACCGGGAAACCCAAACCCGAAAUAACCUGGGAGAAGCAAGUCGAAGGCAAGGAGAACGUCGUCAUGAGGCCGAACCACGUCGUCGCUAACAUCGUGGUUACCAACAUCGCCCAAUUAGUCAUAUACAACACCCAAAUGCCAGAUGCCGGGAUAUACACGUGCACCGCCAGAAAUAAAGGGGGCUUGAUCAAGGUCAACUUCCCCCUGUCUGUGAAGGAACCUCAAAUGAAAGAAAAAAGCCACAACAAAACCUUUUUCCCAACAGACGAGUGUCUCAAGCCCCCCGACAGCGAAGACUGCGGAGAAGAACAAACGAGAUGGUACUUCGACGCCAAGAAAAACAAUUGUUUUAUAUUUAUAUACGGGAAUUGCAAUAGCAACCUGAACCACUUUGAGACGUACGAAACGUGCAUGUUGACGUGCAUGAAUGGCCCCGUCAACAUCUGUAAUUUUCCAGCGUUGCAAGGCGCGUGCAAAGCGUACGAGCCCAGGUGGGCCUACAACAAAUUGACCAAUCAAUGCCAGUCCUUCAUCUAUGGCGGAUGCGGCGGGAAUGAAAACAACUUCGAAAGUAAAGAAAUUUGCGAGGACAUGUGUCCUUUCCCCAAGAACCAAAAGUGCAAGGUGUGCAAACCCCGGCAGAAGCUGGUAACAAGCUUCUGCAGGAGCGAAUUUGCCAUACUGGGUCGGAUAACGGAGCUCACAGAAGAGCACAACUCGGGACACGCGCUGGUCAACGUCGAGGAAAUUCUCAAAGACGAGAAAAUGGGACUUAAAUUCCUAGGGAAAGAGCCCAUCGAAAUCACCCUGCUCAACAUGGACUGGAGCUGCCCCUGCCCCAACAUCACGUCGGUCAACAGUCAGCUCAUCAUCAUGGGCGACGUGCACAACGGAAUGGCGGUGCUGCAACCUCAUAGCUUUGUCGGGGCUUCCAGCGUUCGCCGCGUCAGGAAGCUCCGGGAAGUUAUUCAUAAUAAAACAUGCGACCUGCUCAAAGAAAUCCUAGGACAGCAGUAGGAUAGAGUCGCGCGUACAACGCUAGUGAAAACA